AUGCCGAUCCCGACCCAGGGCAUGUCCCUGAACCUCAUGUCGACGCCGUCGGUCAUUGGACUCAACUCCGUGCUGAGCUCCAUAGCAGGCGCCGCGGCGUUCACGGGGUCGAACGUCCUCAGCCAGCAAUUCGAAGCCACUCCGCAGAUCGUCGUCGGCACCGCCAUCAUCGACAAACCACCCGGGGACAAGCGGUGGAACAACGUGCCCCCACUCAAGUUCUUCACCGCCGCGACCGUGCCGGGGCCGUUGCCAGAGGAGGUCGUUUCGCUGAUCGAGUGUGAACCUCCGAUCUCACCGGCGACGGAGACCGGCAUUCCGGAUCAGCAGCCGCGAUCGACCGUCUCCUCGACGUCUCUGUCUCAGCCAUCGUUUCACGAAUCAGGUUGGAAAGUCGCGCUCAACUUGGAUCAUCAAGGAAGGACUGGAAAUGACUCGGAAGGGUGUUGGAGAAGCGGCGAGACCUUGUCAGGCUUCAUCCAACUCGACCCGAUACCCGGGGUCUCACAAAAGGCCAUCUCAAGCGUGAUCGUACGCGUCUACGUCCAGAGCAACACCGUCUACACGGCGUAUCGAUUCGUGCAGACGUCAGAAACAGCAACGGGUCUGUUUUCCAAACUUAAGACAAGUGGUGCGGGUGGGAUCACGGCCAUCAACGAGAUCAAGGGCGAAUGGCAUCGUGCAUACAUCGACGGUGGCUCGGGACGAGAAAUCUGGCAUGGCGGCGAGCUCGAGGAAAUUCAACGCGAGGUCGAGGGUGACUUUCCUUUGCUAGGAGAGGAACAACAGAGGAUACCGAUCUUACCAGUCGUACGACAGAACGAACCGCAAUCACUGCCCUUCGCCUUUACACUGCCGACUACGGUGCGGAUAUCGACUUCGAACUCCUUGAACCAUCGCAUUCCGGGGCGAGGAGAACUGCAGACAUAUCGCCGCACGCCACCGCCUUCCAUACCUGGAACCCAACACGGGGAGGUGGCAGUGGAGUGGAUCGCUGAAGUGCUCGUUCGCUUCCAAGAUCUCGAUGAACCCGGGGAGGACCUGGCAGUGCCUUCCACACCAAUCAACAUGAACGACGACGAUUCUCUGCCCAAUUUCGAAAUGGCAACUUUUGAUCCGGCGAGCCGACAUUCAGAGUUCGGAUUCCUCAGCUCUAGUCCGAAUCUACAGGUUCACCGAGUUGUCUUCCCCUUUGAGCCUUCGGAUCAUGAUGCACAGGACUUGUAUUCGUUUUGGCGGCCCACAGCCGCGGGUGCAUGGUCCGAGACGGUGGCGAGGUACAACGGACUCAAUCUGGACGAAAUCGAGGAUGAUCGGCCAGUCACCGAGGGUAUCGUGCCUAAGUUUGGGAGAGAUCCGAGGGACGAAGCAUUGGGAGGGUCGAAUAUGGGACCGAAACGGUCCAUGAAGGGCAAGCUGGUGGAUAGGCUUGGCGGGAGGGAUAUGUGGAUGAGCUUUGAAAAGAGAAUGGGGAUCAAGUCCAAGCUGGGGAGGUUGACAGGGUGGAUACGAGUCGAGGUAUGAUUCUUUGGGUCGAGUAGGCUCGCUCGCUGAGGGCCCGGCGUUGAUUUUCUCGUGUACUCCUGCAGACCUCCGUUCGACGGCCACUCAUGUUGGCACGCCACAGUCCUUUUCUUCCCAUCUUGCUGCACUUUUCGUUCCUCCCCUCCAAAGAAGAUAUGACGCCAGCUCGGACACUUUAAGUUUCGCAAGUCGUUAUCGUAUUGUCAUGACGUCUAUUGCUGAGAUCGGGGCGUGAGGAACGACCCAAGGUGAGGACUUCUCAGUCCGCCUGCGUGAUCCGUGCCGCUGAAAGGAUGAGUCGCCCUUCACAGUUUCACAUGGACGAAAUGCGACGAGAGGUCGUGGAUCUGUACGACGACGAGAUUCGACCUACUAUGGAAACGAUUACACCCAUCGACACGAUGGAGAAUGCCCUAUCGCGCAGUCGGACGAUGCCCCUGAAUGGGCUCAAGCGAAGAGGGUUGAUGCUCUCUCUCGGGGACGCCAAUGGUGUCGAUCUUCGCAUCGACUUUGACAUGCAGAGUGAUGGGACAGGAACGAACGGGAAGGCCCUGACGCCAGGGAAAGGAAUGGGUCUGUCUUGUAGGAUGCCGAAUGUCGAACUCGAAGUGAGCUUUUCGGGGUGUUUAUCGAAUGAUCUUCAUGUUGCUGAUUCGUUCAAAUGGCUCAAUUGCGUCACAGUACAUCAUCAGUGUGACGAUCCAUCCCGUCGGUCAACCGUCUUUUUACGCGCUUCGAGUACCCGUGCAAAUCAUCCGAGGUGAUCUGGACGACGCACCCCCCUUCCCCGUUGGGGACUCGCCCUUCCCUCAUGCAAACGGCGGAUCCACGAACUCGGACUCGCAUUCGUCAGCCCCUGAGCCUCCGGCUCAUGAUGAUGUCGCCGAUUCGGGUCUGCCAUCCUACGAGACCUUGUAA